AUGUCCGCGCAGGACGGCAUGAUGAUCGCCGGACUUCUGCUCUACAUCUUCUGUGAGGGCAGCUCUCUGGGCUCUGCCUCUCUGGACUGUGUGGUGGCGGAGCAGGGCUGUGUGCAGGACCAGGCCUGUAUGGGACAGUACCGACUGCUGGAGUACUGUGCGGCUGAGGAGGCGGUGUCUCCACUCAGUUCAGAUGCCCGGCUUGAGUGCCUGGAGGCCCAACAUGCUCUGCAGUAUUAUCGCCCUCUACAGGUGUGCAAAUGUCAGCGGGGCUCCAAGAGAGAGGAGCACUGCCUAAAGGUCUACUGGAUGGUCAGAUUCGCAGCAUAUGAAGAGUAUGACGUAUCUCCUUAUGAAGAACUGAAAAUCACCCUCGUGAGAAACAUUGAGAUGUCUCGUAUGGCGUCGAUAAUGUCAGCCUCUUCUCUCUCAGUGGACGGGCAGAACCAGUGUCUGAAGGCAGCGCAGGACUGUGGGCUGUACGAGAAGUGUGGAUCUCUGCGCUCAGAGUACGUGGUGGCCUGCACUAAGAGAUCAGGCCUGUCCGACAGCAGCUGUAACCGGCAGAAAUGCCACAAAGCAUUACGGCGCUUCCUGGAGCGUGUCCCAGAAGAGUACAGCUUUGCCAUACUCUUCUGCCCCUGCUCAGAUACUCUGUGUGGGGAGCGGCGGCGCAAAACCAUUGUCCCCUCGUGUUCUUAUGAGGAAAUGGUGAGAGGAGAGGAGAGAGUGGGCAAACCAAACUGCCUGAGCCUGCACAUCUACUGCAUCAGGGACGAGCUGUGCAGAUCACGAUUUGCAGAUUUUCAACAAAACUGCCAGCCCUCGUCCCAGUCUCCCUCUGGAUGUGUCCGUGAGAGCAGAGCCAUGUGCCUCAAGGCCUAUGCCGGUCUCAUUGGGACUAUUAUGACCCCAAACUAUGUGAGCAACAGCAGCACAGAGGUUUCCCAGUGGUGCACGUGUGACGGCAGUGGGAACGACUGGCAGGCCUGCGAACACAUCCUGACCCUGUUCUCCUCCAACAUCUGCCUACGGAGUGCCAUCAGCUCCAUGGGGGUCUCGGCCGCACCCCCUCCUUCCCCCUCUGAGGAGCACACUGCAGCCCCCGUCUCUCCUCCGUCUGAGCAUGUGCACCCAGAGAGGCUCCACAUCAGCCACAACAGCGUCCCACAAUCCAACAGUAUGGAGGAUAGUGAGGACGAGGCAGAGCAAGAGCGAAGAAGCAAAGAGUUCAAUGUGAUUCCGCCGUAUUCUGAGAAGAACUCCAACACCGGCUCUGGAGCAAAGGGCAGUCAGCACGGAGCAGCUGAACGACCACUGCCAGUGCUACUGCCGAUACUGCUGCUGAUACUGCUGCCACUGGCUGUGCGCUGGGACUGUUGA